AUGGAGUCCGGACUACUCACAAAUACUGUGACCGUUUAUCCAGAUAUUCAAUACCAGGAUGUCGGCACAGGCCCACUGCGAUCUGUGCUCCUUACUAUAUGUUUUUCGGGUAGACUGCCAAGGCAGGUUAUCGAAAGGAAUAUCCCUGUCCAGAUCACAGUCUCUAUUGCAGAUGAAUAUGGGACCUUUGCCUUGCCAGUUGUGGAAGCCAUAUCAAUGGAUCUCUGCUCCAGUGCUGGAGAUUUGACGCCCUCAGACAAUGCUUCAGUCUGCAGUCAUGGCCACGAUGAUUUUCCUGUGCUCCUGGAUGACACUCUUAUUCCGUUCCUGCCCCUUCAACACUUUGACUAUGCUGACCAGGCUAAAUGGGCCUCGCUGAUGAAGGAUAUCGAAGCAUGGCUCGUUGAUCAGGUGAAUUGCCAAAUGCAGCUGUGGACAUGGGGAUGCGAUGCAUUUUGGCUUGCUUUCAUUGCGGCAUAUCCAUCAUUCCCAGGGGGCUCGUGGCCGAAGUGGGAUUCCCGAAUUCCUUUGGAGGGUACGUUCAUCAAGCAGUGGUUAGAACGGUCAGGUGAUGUCGCUACGACGGGGGAUCGAGGUGCUAUGAAUGUAUUGCCCGACAUCUGGGCUGAGUUUUGUAAACAUGCUGCCCUCUUCUUUCCUCAUCCUCUCGUCGCUUCUGAUUGA